AUGGCAUUCGUUUAUUUAAAAAAUGCAGGAAUUUCUUUCAAGGAGAUUCGAAGCGAGGAAUCUGAAAUUGUGCAAGAAGAUUUAAUAGACGUCCCACUGAUAGAGAAACCUAUUCCAGAUCUCGGUAAAAAGGAUCGUAAGAUCUCUGACUUCGAAUCCAAGGAAGAUGAAACAGCGAAGGUUAAGAGAGACGUCGAGGCUGAGGAAGAAGAAGAGGUUUCAGGGGACAAAGAUAAUUUCGAAAAACUCAUAGCAACGAGGGAACCCAAGUCAUCAGUGGAACGAGUGCUCGAGCAGGACACUUGCUUCUUUGCCAUACCAAGCAUAGUCACUUUCCAAGAUUUCGACAUAAAGAAGAAAUAUUCUCGCAGAGUGUUGAUCAGGAACAAAACAGCAAAAUGGGCGUAUCUACGGUUCCAUAAAAUAUACACUGAAGUGUGGGAGCCUGGAGUUGUCGAGAUUGACAUCAUGGACGCUGUCAGAGUGAAACCUGGCUUGCACGCAACAGUGAAUGUCAAGUUCUCACCAAUCCACGAGGAAGAGAUGACAGCAGAGAUUUCUUUCCUCACCCUGAGCCAAGAUUAUCCAGAAAGCUUCCACGAGUUUCGUGUUCUCGUUCGUUGCACCCCACAGUGUGCCAUGCCUGUUCUGGACCCCAAGGAACUUAGGUUCCCUUCAGCUCCAAUUUGGAGGUACGACGACCCAAAGUUCAAUGAAAGGACUCUGACCAUUUCGAACGAGGGUAGAAAGCCUUUCUCCAUUGUAAUCGAAGAAAGAAACGACCAGGAUAACUAUUUCUUAUGGCAUUUCGAUCAGGCUCACAUACAAAGCGUGCAAUCGUCCAUUUUGUGCACAGACGAAAAUGGAAAUGAGAAAAUGAAAAUAGAGAAUAUCAGCGAAGACACUUCGAAUGACCAGAAGCCUCGGAAAAAAUACCAAAUUGAAGUCCCUGCGAAGAUCAAAUGCCAUUUAAGGAUCACUUUUAGGCCAAGAUACGUGGGUCUGCACCAUGAGGUCUUGGAAAUUUGUUUUCUCAGCGAGGACAAGAUCAUGGAGAAACAGAGUGUGCCAAUCUGGGCCGAAGUGAUUAAUUGUCAAAUCCACUUAGACCCACCAUGCAUUGAUCUAGGUAUCCUAAUGGUCGACUGUGACGUUCGUCAACAAACCUUCAACAUCGUUAACACUGGACGUUCCUCUGUCGAGGUUUCGAUGAAGACCCCGAAGUGUCUGGGAAAUCAAGUCUCAGUUUAUCCUAAAUCGACUAUCGCAAGCUCUGAAUCGAGAUCCAAAGUCAAUGUGAGACUCACACCUGAAUCCAACAUCUUCCACGUUUCCAAACGAUUUUACGACCCAGUGUCCAACAUGCUAGCCAUCCCAAUCCAAGUGCAAACAGUCCUCCAAGGUCCAGAGAAACCACCCCCACUGAUAUUAAAAGUCCUCGCCAGUCUGACCACGUGUCAUGCUCUGGUCUUAGAACCAGCCUACAUUGACCUGGGACAUGUUCACACACACGAAUCAGUCUACACGGAGUUAACAUUGACCAACGAAUCUCUGUUAAUCCAAGAGUACGCCUUUGUAAACCUGCCACCGUUCAUGGAAGUACACCCGAAUCAUGGUUUCGGUGCCAUUCUUCCCGGACAGACAAUUACUCUUCACCUGAUAUACUCUGCCUGCUUGACAGACAUCCCUGGGAACGAAAUCGGGGCAAACGGGUUGUCCGGUGAACGAAGCUUCCAGAUACGGGUAGUCACUUUGGCAGAGCUCGCUGGGAGCAAGGAACGAGCCACGCUGAAUAAAUUGAAGAAUCAGGUGAACAUGCUACCAAUUAUUCCAAAAAAUCGUGGAAUCCCACCACCGGUGCCAUUCGACGUUAAAACACCGAAGAAAAUACGUGCAACAGUUAUUGGUGAGGAUAAGGAUCACCUCGGAGAUCAAUUUGACAGCGAUUUGGAUGCCAACCAGAGAGAUUCGAAUGAUGAAGAGGAUAUCUUGGACACCUCGAAGGAAAAAUUUGAAAAGCCUAGUGAAAGAAAGGAGAAGAACUCGAUAGAGGUGUACGUGUACAUCAUUGACACUUUCUGUGAACUGAGCGAGCAAAUUAUCCAAUUCCCAGCAACCCCUUGUGGCUCGUAUUCGAUGGCUUCCCUGCAUCUGAGAGGCUUUAACAUGGCCUCCUACCCUCACUGUACCUGCGGAGUCAUAAAGGAUCAGCACAAAGAAUUUACAGCGAGUUACGAAAUUAAGAGCUCCUCUGACAGGAUGAAAUUUACACCACAGUCGGGUACCUUUAAGAACAACGAGAUUAUUCCUAUUAAUUUCAUGUUUAAACCGAGGUUACCGAGAAGCAUGAUCUUCGACGAAGGUCUUAGGCUAAAAAUGAACGUCGAGCAGCAGGAAGAAAAGCUUGAAAAGGAUGACAAAGGAAAGAAAGGCAAGAAAGACGAGCAACAGAAGAAUGUUCCUGAUGUCGAUGAAUUGAACAACGAACUCAGUUUAUUGGAGACCUUCGAACCUUGUGUUUCCACGAUUUUCGUGACGUGGGAGAUUAAUUUGGAAACAAAAGAUGGCUCAAAACGCGACGAAUUAUUAUUCGCAAAAUUGGUCUGUCCAAUCACCAAGCCUGAAAUUCUCAUCCUGAACGAGAAUCGAGAAAUAGUCUUUGGACCAACAGCCAUUGGCACCUGUUCCAGGAGGUUCCUUCUGGUGAAAAAUAUCUCCAAUCAAAAUGUAAAGGUAGAUGUGAGUCUACUAGACCCACUUGGACCAUUUUUCGUGCCUCCUGGGAAGACGAUAGAGACUGGCUCCAUUCUGAAGCUCCCAGUUACGUAUCAACCGAGGGAAGAUCACGAAGAAGUGAAGCGUUUCCAAGUUUCCAGUUCUAGAACGAGAACAAUAUGGAUCGUGAAAGUCAGAGGACUCCCUGUGGUGCCAUCUUACGUGAUAAAACCGCGGUUUCGAGUUGCUCGUUUCGAAGUUAUCGACGAGACACCGGUAGAAUUAAAAAUAUCCAUACAAAAUACUGGAUCGUGUCCAUUGAUCUUUCGACUUUGCCUGGUCGACCAGUUGGAGGGUGAGAUUCCAAGGGUCCAGGAGGAAUCCUGGCAGAGGCCAGACAAAAAGAAGAGGAAAGGGAAAGCGGAAAGCAAUGGAAAAUCGCGGGGAAAGCCUGAAUUCGACGACCACCUUCGGUCGAACGAGGAAUUGGCGAUAUUCGGUGGAAACCUCGAGCGAUCUAUGGAUCGUAGCCUCUUUUCGUUCCAGAAUCUCGACGAGAGCAAGCAGUUACUGGUCCCGCAAGGGAGAAAAAUGGAAUUCGGUGUAGAAUUUCGAGCAAUUAACGAAAGAAAAGACAAAGUUGAAGACCUGAAAAAGUCUAACUACUGCCACGUGGCCAUGGUGAAAUUAAUAUUAGGAAGCUCGACGUUGAUGGACUUUAUAAUGAUAUGUUGAAUGAAUUGA